CCGGGGGCCCCCGCUCGCGCCCGCAGCCGCAGCUCCGCCGCCGCCUCCGCCACUCGGUUACCUAGAUCCUCCCAUCUCUGCCGCUUCCCACUUCCCUCACUCCUGAAUCUGGAUGGGAAGUUGGGCAAAAUGGACCGGGUCCUGCUGGCGUGGGUUGCUCUCUUCUGGCUCACAGCCAUGGCCGAGGGCCUUCAGGUCACAGUGCCUGACAAGAAGAAGGUGGCCAUGCUCUUCCAGCCCACUGUGCUUCGCUGCCACUUCUCCACGUCCUCCCAUCAGCCUGCCGUCGUCCAGUGGAAGUUCAAGUCCUACUGCCAGGAUCGCAUGGGGGAAUCCUUGGGCAUGUCCUCUCCCCGGGCCCAGUCUCUCAGCAAAAGAAACCUGGAAUGGGACCCCUACUUGGACUGUUUAGACAGCAGGAGGACUGUCCGAGUGGUAGCUUCCAAACAGGGCUCAACCGUGACCCUGGGAGAUUUCUACAGGGGCAGAGAGAUCACGAUUGUUCAUGAUGCAGAUCUUCAAAUUGGGAAACUCAUGUGGGGAGACAGCGGCCUCUACUACUGCGUCAUCACCACGCCUGACGACCUGGAGGGCAAGAACGAGGACUCGGUGGAGCUCCUGGUGUUGGGCAGGACAGGGCUGCUUGCUGAUCUCUUGCCCAGUUUUGCUGUGGAGAUUAUGCCAGAGUGGGUGUUUGUCGGCCUGGUGAUCCUGGCAGUCUUCCUCUUCUUCGUCCUGGUGGGGAUCUGCUGGUGCCAGUGCUGCCCGCACAGCUGCUGCUGCUAUAUCCGCUGCCCGUGCUGCCCGGAUUCCUGCUGCUGCCCACAGGCCUUGUAUGAAGCAGGGAAAGCAGCAAAGGCCGGGUACCCUCCCUCUGUCUCCGGUGUCCCUGGCCCCUACUCCAUCCCCUCUGUCCCCCUGGGAGGAGCCCCCUCACCUGGCAUGCUGAUGGACAAGCCGCAUCCACCUCCCCUGGCACCAAGUGACUCCACUGGAGGAAGCCACAGUGUCCGCAAAGGUUACCGGAUCCAAGCUGACAAAGAGAGAGACUCCAUGAAGGUCCUGUACUAUGUCGAGAAGGAGCUGGCUCAGUUUGAUCCAGCCAGGAGGAUGAGAGGCAGAUAUAACAACACCAUCUCAGAACUCAGCUCCCUGCAUGAAGAGGACAGUGGUUUCCGCCAGUCUUACCAUCAGAUGCGAAGCAAGCCGUUCCCUGUGUCUGGGGACUUGGAGAGCAACGCCGACUACUGGUCAGGUGUCAUAGGAGGCGGCAGUGGGACGAGCCGGGGGCCCUCAGCCAUGGAGUAUAACAAAGAGGAUCGGGAGAGCUUCCGGCACAGCCAGCAGCGCUCCAAAUCGGAGAUGCUGUCCCGGAAGAACUUCGCCACCGGCGUGCCGGCCGUCUCCAUGGACGAGCUGGCGGCCUUCGCCGACUCCUACGGCCCGCGGUCCCGCCGGACGGACGGCAACAGCCACGAGGCCCGGGGCGGGAGCCGCUUCGAGCGCUCGGAGGCGCGGGCGCACGGGGGCUUCUACCAGGACGGCUCGCUGGAGGAGUACUACGGGCAGCGCAGCCGCAGCCGGGAGCCCCUGACCGACGCCGACCGCGGCUGGUCCUACAGCCCCGCGCGCCGGCGGCCGCCCGACGACGCGCACCUGCCGCGCCUGGUGAGCCGCACGCCGGGCACCGCGCCCAAGUACGACCACUCGUUCCGCGGCGGCGGGCUGGAGCGGCAGGCGCGGCCCGAGGGCGCCAGCCGCGGCGGCAGCCUGGAGACGCCGUCCAAGCGGAGCGCGCAGCUCGGCCCGCGCAGCGCCUCCUACUACGCCUGGUCGCCGUCGGCCACCUACGAGGCGGCCGCGCCACCGGGCGACGAGGAGGACGCGCCCGACGACGCGCUGCCGCCCUACAGCGAGCUCGAGCUCAGCCGCGGCCCGUCCUUCCGCGACCGGGACCGCGACCGCGGCCGCGACCGCGACCUGCCCUACCACAGCAACUCGGAGAAGAGGAGGAAGAAGGAGCCCGCCAAGAAGACGAGUGACUUUCCAACCAGGAUGUCCCUUGUGGUCUGAUAUCUCUCUGGAUGACUGAAAACGGAACAGGGGAACAAGACACAAAUCCAAGAGCCAACAGGCCCGGAACCUUCUCUGGUGACCACCUUGGAAGAUUUGCUGAUCUUUGCUUUGGCAAGGGGCAGGGCAGGAGCAGCCUUUAAGGGCUGAUUCCACACCUCAGUGCCCAUCUAACUAGUUUGAGAAACUUACCAAGAGAACAACUCCGCGUGAGCUCGUGCGCACACAUCGGGUUUCUCACCCACAGAGUUCAUCCUGCCCCGUCUCCUUCCUUAGCCAAACCCGGAUUCCUUUCCCAGUUCUGAAAGGGAGUUAGCUCUGGACUGUGAAGCUCCAGAAAAUGCCUGUGCCUACAGCCUGCUCUUCUAUACCUCCUGUGCUGUGCUUAGAGACGGAAGAAUUUAUGACUACUAUUAGAAGGCCUUCUGCUGACAGCAGUAGAUGACUUCAGGCAAAAUAUACCUUUCAGCCCCGGCACUUCCCAGGCACUAGUCAAUGACUGUUGUUACGUUGAAGUCACUCCUUUGGUGAGCUCAGUGACAGUGACCUGCUGGACAAUCAUGGAAAUGACUUCAAUUUGCUGUUCUGAAUGACAGUUCUUGAGUGGCUGGAACAAAACAAGAGAGCUGUCGAAGUGGCAUUUCUUUUUCCACCCUGAGAGCACAAACGACUUUUUCUCUUUCGGCACAGCGAUGCCUGAGUCUCGGACGUUAAGGGCUCCCCUCGUCCUCCCCUCUUCUGGACCCUCCGCGGGUUGGUGCCACACACAAAGCCCUGCCUCCCUCUGCACUGGGAUUAUGUUGUCAUCAGGUGCCUUUUGAUAAAUGCUUAAAAUACGCACAUGAAAGAAAAGAGGGAGAAAAAGAAGAGAAAACAGCAAUGCAAAAUAGAGAAGCCUGAGAGAGAAUCUAAGAGGAAAAGAAUAUAUAAUCUCAUUAUAUUUUGAUUCUCGGCCACCCCCCCCCCCAGAUUCCACUGGACCAUCUGUGCGUUUUAUACUUCAUUUACCCUGAGUGGUUCCAGCCAUCCCAGCUCUGCCCACCAUCCCAGGACACCUGAGUGGGGAGCAGGCAUCCCUGGGCGCCCCCCAGGCUGCCACUCUAGACACUCUGGGGGGAUGAGGGUAUUGCUUUCUCAGAAAGGAGCACUUUCUACUCCUACCCUUGUCCAAAUGAUAGAUUUUGCCUAAAUCCCAAAGCUACAUCUCUCUGGACUUUGUAAUUUGUACAGAUUGUGAAAAAGGACCACAAACUUCCCUUCAUGUCAAAAAGGACAGUUUGUUUCUCGAGCCCUUGAAUCUCGGAUUGGCCAUGGGACUUGGUUUGGCCAGUGGCCCAAUAACAAAUGUGAAACAAGCAGAGACUUGACAAAUUCUCGUGCACGGGGCUUGUCCUCUCUUGCUGCUCUUAUGGUCACCCCCAGGUGAAGGAACCUGGGCUGUCCUGCUGCGUGAACCCAGAGAAAAGGCCCCUGUUCCCCCUGGAAUCCUGCUUGACAGCCUGUCAGUCUCAGCUGAUUGCAAACCCGUGAGUGAGCCCAGACAAGCCCAACAGAAGAACUGCCUAGCUGAGCCCAGCCCAAAUUGCUGAUUCCUACUCAAGGCAUGAGAAGUUGGUGCCCUAUUUAACUGCUCAUUUCCUUUCAAGGAAAAAGUGACUUUUUCUUCUUGUCUGAAUGUUGAGGCCGGCAUCCCUGACUCCCUCUAACCUUCGGUGUCAAACAGUCCCCACUUUCUUUAACAGACUCUGCUGAAACUUUUCACUCCACACUAUUAUGGUGGGAUACACGGUUGGGUCCAGUCACUGGAGGACAAUGAGGCUUGGCCUCCCUUUUCCUCCACUCCCAGCAACGGUUCAUCCUCUAUCUGUGGAUCCAUGGAUGAUUUCUGAAGAAGCUUUCUUCAGCAUCUCCUUGGUCCUCUCCAGAACCACCUGACUGGAGCAAGGCCCUAUUCUCAGAGGAUCAUUCCACUGGUGUCCAUUUAAUCCAUGGCAUUUCCAAACCAGUCCCAUGUGUGCAAUGAAAUAAAGAAUUGGCUGGGUGAGGGUCAGAAGGACGAGUUGUUAUCAUUGCCAAAGGACAUCACAGUGGCUUUGGCUUGUGUGAGAGGAACCAGGAGGACAGGUCAGCCCAGUGCCAGCACUUCCAAGGGCUGGAAGACACAAGCCAUAACCCUGGUGCUGAGUUGAGAAUUGCUGGUGCCCCUGGCCUUUGAAGGCCUGGGUCUAGUGUGUCGGUUUGGGCCGCAGUUCAGACGGUUAAGAGGAUUGAAGCAUCAUCUCUCAGUCACCAGCUUUGGAUUUCAAGUUGCUUAGGCAAUUCUUAGCACCGUGUCAGGCUUCUUACCACCAAAGAGCCCCACAGCACCAGCUGCAGAGACCAGAGACCCUGCUUCAUUAGCCGGGGGCAUGUGUGAUUUGGGUGAAGGUUGAAGGGAGCCACAGGAGAGAAUUACUAAAACUGGAAACCUGCAGUUCCAAAGACAAGUACAGACGGUCAAUAAAAAAUACAAAGAUGAUAACAGGCUCCUGAAAUAACCUAGGGAGAUGGGACCAGGUUGUCCUCUGAAGGGCUGCAUAAAUCACUCAAGACUUCCAGGCCUCCAUUUGAGAGAGAAGACAGUCAUUUCUAGGUACGUGGACAGGAGAUAAGGCUGAACGGACAAGUAAAGGCAAAGCCGGCCAUCGUUGGCACCCCGGCUUUUCCCAACACAACCUUUUGUUUCUUUUCCCCCUGAAUAGUGUGUCCUGCACAGGAAGUGUUUAUACUUGUUAACUUCCUUCCUACGUUGUAUUUGAGAUGGAAAAUAAGUCUUGUGCAAGACAUGGUCUCUGCCUAUCGGGACCCUGCAAUUGAAUAGGGGAAAAAAGACCUGCCCGAGAAAGAACUGGGAGAUGUUAUGCAUAUAAGAUGAAAUACCGCUACGGAUAAAUUACAACAAACCCAGAGAAUUAAAGGGUUGUUUUUUUUUUUUUCAUUUAAAUGGGUAUAUUUCAGUAUUUAAGUGUUGUGUGUGUUUGUCCAUCCAUCCUAUUUAAAGAUAUGCUCAGUGAUCUGAAAAGCCAGUAUUUAAAAGUCUGAGUCGGAAGAGGUGAGUUAGAAUGGGGAGGGGUGAGAGGCAGAGGGCCUGGUGGGAUGAGGCAUGAGUGUGUUUGCCUAUGAGUCACAGCUGAGUCAGGGAUGGGUUGGAUGAGGGGGCACGGAUGCCGGUGGCAGGAGGUGUCGCCUGGUAGAUGAACUGCUUCUCUGGGCCAUGCAGAAACUCUUGAGGAAGCUGGGGAUAUUUGCCAUGAACCUGGUGGUACUGUCAGCUGUGCCACCCAAGCGUGUGCCCGGGGAAGCUCUCCAUCUGCCUCUCCAGGGCUCAGUUCUGCAGCCCCAAGGGUGGAUGUCCACCCUCACUAACGCACAGGUCUUGCAGAGAUGAUGGGCCACGAGCUCCUGUCCUGUGGUCCUUAGCAUGCACCUGGCUAGGGACUGUGCAAACUAGGCAUGGAAAGGGGCUGCCCCUCUGGCCCGAGGCUCUCUGGGCUGAAAAGCCACAUCUGGAAAUAUUUCUAAAUAGUCUGAAAGACUUCAUACAGGUAAUCUAAUUGGAGCUUAGGCAGCCUUUGAGAGAGGCUGAAGUCACAGUGUUAUAACCCGCCCCCUCUUUUCUUUAUAGAUGGAGAAAUAAACCAUCACUGCCUUCAGUGACGUCACAGACCUAAUUAGGUCUUUAGACGCUAAAGUUUUUUCUGUUGGAUCAGUGCUUCCCAGGAUUGCCUAGUCAUAUGAAUUACUUGAUUGCUGUUAAAAAUGUACUGUUGGACCCUGCCUUAGAGAUUGAUGGGGUGGGUCUGGAGCCAGGAUUUGUACCUUUGACAUGUACUUCAGGAGAGCCCUGCUCUAGAUCACACCCCAUCGUGUGCCCCAAACACUUGGUCCCGAGGCUCCCUUGGGCUUUGAAAUUUUUUUUUCAAAUGUUCUGGGGAGGUCGCUCUUACUCCCCUGGGGCUGGCUGUGAUGAAGCAGCCCACAGUCUGGCUGUGACGGUGGUGACUGGCUCACCGAGGUCCAGGGGUGGGAGAACUGUGCGACCAGAGAGACAGGAACGCUAGGAACACUCCCCAGGAGGCAGUACUAGAUGCUUCCGGCCCUAGAAUAGUAAUCUGUUGUGACAACCUCAGAUCCGACAACAAGAAAUUACAGGUAAUUUUCUCAUUCCCUUGAUGUCAUUCUGAGCAAAACUUAGCUCCUGAAUAGAAAGAGAAGAGACCAUUGGGGAGUUGGCAAAAAUAAAUCAUUUUUUUGAAGCAUUCAAAUGAUCAGCCUGGCUGGUCAACACCUACUUUGGCCUUAAGACCCAAAGUGGGAUCAGCAAGAAUAACAGAACUCUAUUUUAUUUACCCUUCCAACGUCAGAUUCAAAUGCUGCCAGAAUCUUACAGGAGGUUGAAAUUGAUUUAUAGGAGGUAGAGAUUCAAAUCCACCAAAAUAGGGGCCCAGGUACUUAAAGAAAAAAGUGCCUAGUCUUUUCCUGCCAGGAUCCUACCUCCUCUUCACCUGGGCAGCAGAUCAGUGAAGCUCGAAGUACGGGGCUUGUAACAUCAGAGUGGAGCAAGGAUGGUGUUGAACUGCUUUAAGCAGCAGUCUGCGCUCUAGCACUGCCUGAGGGUGAUAAGAAUAUUAUUUGUGUUGUUUUUAUGGUGUAUUACUGUUUACAGGCCCCUGUCAUAUGCAUUGUCUUGUUUGAUGUUCACAACAACCCCAGUGACAGAGGCAGGGUGAAUGCGUUGGUCCCAUCAAACAGAAUGUAAAACUGAGGCUGAAAAAGGCUAAGUGAUUUGCCUAUAUAGUCAAAUGAUUUUUAAAACGAUAGAGCCAGCCCUUCUGACUGUCUGUCUAGAGUCUGUGGUCCUUAGCAUGCAUCUGUCUGCCAAUUCCUACAACACCUGUGGGACAGGCAUGAGCCAAACAUCUGGGGAGAAGUGUCCUGGACACGAUGCUGACUCACUGCAUCGCCGGAGUGAAGCUGCAGGGACAGACACUGGCUGUUGGUCCUCCCAAGUGAUGCUCCCUCAGAUGCUGCUCUAAGUGGGAGUCAGCUCUGCUUACGGAGAGUUUCAUUUUCACUAGCCGCGCUGUGAGGGGGAAACACUUUGAUAAAAAUGUGCUUCAGAUUUUAGAAUCCUUCCUGAAGGGGAAUUUCUGAGCCAAACUGCAAAUUCAUCCAGGCUCAGAAUUCCGGGGCUUGGGAGCGACUUGUCUGAAGUGACCUAUCUGGCAUCUUCACUGUGUUUGGGGAUUUUAGUUGAACUAAGAGGAGCCAAUGCCACAUUUAGUUAACACUUUUGUUAGGGUUUCUCGAUGGGGCUGAGCACAGGUCAAUGCAGUCUGACCCAUUUCUUCCAGGGAGGCUAACAGACAUAACUCCCCUCUUACCCUGGCUUUCAGAAAAGCCACUUUAUUGACAAAGGUAUUAGACCUUAUCCAGUGAGAAUUUCCCUUGUGGGACUAAAAGAAAGGGGAACAGAAGGAACAGCAGGACAAAGAAAGGUCAGAAAGCUGAUUCAAGAGAGUCACCUGCCCAGCUGUUUUUGUGCCUUGUCUGUGGCAUCGAAACCGAAAUGUUUGUAUCACUGUUGCCCGUUAUUUUUUUUUCAGGGUCAAACAUACAAAGUGAAUUCGGUUGUUAACGUUUAAACGAAAUAAAGCAUUUUCACCUA